AUGAGUAGAAGAGUAAGUUUUAGCCCUGAUCAGGUCCAUGACCAAAACAAUUUCUACUUUAAAAAGAAGCCAUCAUCUUCAUCUAAUUGGAAUUCUAGCCUUCAAAAGAGCUCUUCUUCUUCUUCUGAAUUUUCUAUGGCUAGUUUUCUAAAGAAUAUUGGAACAAAAGUGAAUAGUGCACUAAAUUUCCUUUCAAAUUCGAAUAGAAAAAGAUCAUCACGUAAAGUGUCAUCAUCAGCAAGUUUAGCAAGGUCACGUUCAUAUGCAGAAACAUUUCAUGAUUCUCAAAGAGCUGAAGCUAUUGAAGAUUGUAUUGAGUUCUUGAAUUCUUCUUCUUGUUUACAUAGAUCAAGUUCUGUUUCUAGCAGUACUUGCUAA